UAAUCUUCACUCAAGGAAUCCACGCAAAAUUCACCUCAAAUCAUCACGGCAACUUAAAGAAGCUAGAAUUCAUGUCCACCUGAUCCAACACUGACUUUCAGAUGAUAAUAUGGAGAAAACGACAGCACUUCAAGCUCUCUUUUUUCCUUUCUACCCCUCUUCUACCUCAGCAGUAUAGUGAUGCCAGCACCUUGUCCAGACAUGCUUACCAGUUCAGACCAGUCCCUUCCCCUCACCCCCAAACACAGCAGCCCUGCCAUCUCUGGACCCAGGGGCUCCCGGGGGCCCAUCAGCAGUGGCCGAUCCUCCCUGUCCCUCCCUGAGCCCGAGGCCUGGCGAAUCCCCAGGACCCCCAGCCCGGUGGCCCGCCAGGGCCUGGCCCAGGGCUCGCGCUCCUGCUCCCUGCAGGUGCCCCGCACCGUCCCCGAGUGCCUGGGGCUCCCUCCCCGGGCGGCCAGCUUCGACGUGUCUCCCUACGGGGGGGACGAGAGCCCGGGGUCAGUGAGCCCCCACAGCAUGCUGCGGAGACGCGGGGGCCUGGUGGACCAGCGGGAUGUCGUCAGGGCCCACGAGGCCCACAAGAUCCAGAGCACGCCCCAGGCCCGCAGGAAAGAGUGGGAGAUGGCUCGUUUUGGAGACGACGUUCCGAACACCACGGAUUCCGGGGAGGGGGAUCCAGAGCGCGGGGGAGACGGUCAGGACGCCGCUUCAGGUGGGAUGUCAGGGUCGCUGAAACAAGCUAAAGCGCAAAGAGCGCGCACCAUGGCACUCUAUAACCCUGUUCCCCAUCGGCAGAACUGCCUCACCGUCAACAGAUCGCUCUUUAUAUUCGCCGAGGACAAUUUCAUUAGGAAAUAUGCUAGGAGGGUGAUAGAAUGGCCGCCGUUCGAGUACAUGAUCCUGGCCACCAUCACAGCCAACUGCAUCGUGCUGGCCCUGGAGCAACACCUCCCUGGAGAAGACAAGACCCCCAUGGCCAAACGGCUGGAGAAGACGGAGCCCUACUUUGUUGGGAUCUUCUGCUUGGAGGCGGCGAUCAAGCUGCUGGCCCUGGGCUUUGUGUUCCAUAAAGGCUCCUACCUGAGGAACGGCUGGAACGUCAUGGACUUCAUCGUGGUGCUCAGCGGCAUCCUAGCCACUGCGGGGGCUCAUAUGAACAUUCCAGUGGACCUGCGCACCCUGAGGGCAGUCAGAGUCCUGAGGCCUCUCAAAUUGGUGUCUGGGAUCCCCAGCCUGCAGAUUGUUCUGAAGUCCAUCAUGAAGGCCAUGGUUCCUCUGCUCCAGAUCGGCCUGCUCCUCUUCUUCGCCAUCCUCAUGUUCGCCAUCAUCGGCCUGGAGUUUUACAGCGGCAAGCUGCACCACACCUGCCUGCCCACUGCUGACAUCCUGGACAACGAGACGGUGGACACGUCCGAGGCGGAGUUUGCGUGUGGCGUGCGGAGGUGCCCUGACAAGUACGAGUGCAACAGCAGCUGGAUUGGUCCCAACGACGGCAUCACCCAGUUCGACAACAUCCUGUUUGCCGUGCUCACUGUCUUCCAGUGCAUCACCAUGGAGGGCUGGACAGCCGUGCUCUACAACGCAAAUGAUGCUCUGGGAUCCACGUUCAACUGGAUGUACUUCAUUCCCCUCAUUAUCAUCGGGUCGUUCUUCGUUCUCAACCUGGUUCUGGGAGUCCUCUCUGGGGAGUUUGCCAAAGAAAGGGAGAGGGUGGAGAACAGGCGGGCCUUCAUGAAGCUCAGACGUCAGCAGCAGGUGGAGAGAGAGCUGAAUGGGUACCGAGCCUGGAUAGACCGAGCAGAGGAGGUUAUGCUUGCUGAGGAGAACAAAAACUCCGGGAGGUCUGCCUUAGACGUGCUGAAGCGAGCCACGAGCAAGAAGAGCGCGACGCGUCGAGGUGGUCCUGGAGACGACAAGCAUGCAGAGAUGUGUACUGCAGGAAUGUCUCGAACCAGGGUCAACUUCCGUAGCGGCAGACGGGGCCCGGCGGCGUACAUGCGCCGUAAGGAGCGCAUGCUGCGCAUCUCCAUCCGCCGCAUGGUGAAGACGGACACCUUCUAUUGGACCGUGCUCAGCCUGGUGGCGCUAAACACCAUCUGCGUGGCCAUCGUCCACCACAACCAGCCAGACUGGCUCUCCAUCUUUCUCUACUAUGCAGAGUUUGUGUUCCUUGGGCUCUUCCUGGCAGAGAUGUUCCUGAAGAUGUACGGUCUGGGUUUCCGUCUGUACUUCCACUCCUCUUUCAACUGCUUCGACUGCGGGGUCAUCUUUGGCAGCAUCUUUGAGGUCGCCUGCUUCAUCCGGCCUGGCAUGUCCUUUGGAAUCAGCGUUCUGAGAGCUCUACGACUCCUGAGGAUCUUCAAGAUCACCAAGUAUCUCUCCCUCUCUCUCUCUCUCUCUCUCUCUCUCUCUCUCUCUCUCUCUCUCUCUCUCUCUCUCUCUCCCUCUCUCUCUCUCUCUCUCUCUCUCUCUCUCUCGCUCUCGCUCUCGCUCUCUCUUCCCUCUAGGUUCAUCUUUGAAGAUUACACUCCCACCAACUUUGACACGUUUCCAGCUGCCAUCAUGACAGUGUUUCAGAUUCUGACCGGUGAGGACUGGAAUGAGGUGAUGUACAAUGGGAUCAGGUCCCAGGGAGGCGUGCAGUAUGGCAUGUGGUCAUCCAUCUACUUCAUAGUCCUCACUCUGUUUGGAAACUAUACAUUGCUGAAUGUGUUCUUGGCCAUUGCUGUGGACAAUCUUGCCAAUGCACAGGAACUGACCAAGGAUGAAGAGGAGGAAGAGGAGUUUUUCAACCAGAGAUAUGCUCGGGCAGAGACGGCCCGAUGUCUGAGUAAGAGGAGACGGCCCUACCUGUACAGGAAGCGAGCUAUCCACAGAGGCCGGCCCGCCUUCCCCGAAGACGAGGAGAGCGGUGGGGGAGGCGGAGAGGAGCCCCCUCUCAACAGCACCAACGCCUUCUCCAACCGCCGUGAGAGGAGACGGAAGGUCAACAUGUCCGUGUGGGAGCAGAGAGCCAACCAGCUGCGCAAGCGCCGCCAGAUGGACAGCCAGGAGGUGCUGUUCAGCAGCCCCACGGAGGACACCGUCGAGACCCCCACCAGCACCCACCACGCCCCCGCCCUCUCGCCGGAGGCCAGCCCCGGACACCUGCCCGAGUCGCCCAUGUCUGUGGCCAUGCCCCUGCCGGAGCCCCCCAUGUCGGUGGCCAUCCCUCUGCCCGAGCCUCCGGACUCCGUCCCCCUCCCUCUCGUGACGCUGACCGAGGAGAGGGCGGGCGGGGUCAACCACCGGGCCGCCGGAGGGGGCAGGCACAGGGUGGCGCGCAAGUGCCGCCCCGGCCCAGAGGAGGGGGCGAGAGUCAGGAGGCACCGCCACCGCGAGGCCAGGGCCGAGGCCAAGAGCAGAGAGUCUCCUCACGAGGAGGCCAGCCGCUCGGUCAGCCGGGAGAGGAAGCUUCUGGAGGAGAGGGAGGAGAAAGAGGAGAGAGAUACCACUGAAGUGGAGGGAGGACAAGCCCAGGAUGAGGGUGGAGUCUGUGCCAUGAACCCUUACGGCGAUAUGGCCGAAGAUCCUCACCGGGUGAGCAUCCCUGAUCCUCCUCUGAGUGAACACCUCCCUGGGUCUCUGCCCGCGCUGCUGCUGGACUGUGUCCAGACGGAGCAGAGCGAGCUGGGGGAGGACGGCCAGUACGAGCCCCUGGCCCAGAACCAGGAGCCAGCCACGGAGCCAGCCACGGAGCCAGCCUCGGAGCCAGCCACGGAGCCAGCCUCGGAGCCAGCCACGGAGCCAGCCUCUGAGCCAGUGGAGCCCAGUGGAGGCAGUGACUCGGAGAACAAACCUGCCUCCCUGAACAGAGAGGGGGCGGGCCUCGAGGGCAGCGUGGUGAUAGAGAUGUCUGCCCAACCCCUCCUGGAGCUCACCCCCAUGACAGUGAACAGCAAGCUGGAUCUGGAGGCCCUCCAGCCGGGCGGGCGAGACGAGGACGCAGCGCUGACGGAGGAGGAGGACACCGCCCUCGCUCCCCAACCCGUCCUCCCCGACAGCAUGUUCAUCUUCAAGUCCACCAACCCGAUCAGGCGUAUCUGUCACUACGUGGUGACCCUGCGCUACUUUGAGAUGACCAUCCUGCUGGUCAUUGUGGCCAGCAGCAUCGCCCUGGCCGCUGAGGACCCCGUCUGCACCAACUCCGAACGGAACAAAGUCCUCCGCUAUUUCGACUACGUCUUCACUGGAGUCUUCACCUUUGAAAUGAUCAUCAAGAUGAUCGACCAGGGCUUGAUUCUGCAUGACGGCUCCUACUUCCGUGACCUGUGGAACAUUCUGGACUUCAUCGUGGUGGUGGGAGCGCUCAUCGCCUUUGCUCUGACGAAUAACAAAGGCAGGGACAUCAAGACCAUCAAGUCCCUCAGAGUGCUGCGCGUCCUCCGGCCUCUGAAGACCAUCAAGAGGCUCCCCAAACUCAAGGCUGUGUUUGACUGUGUGGUCACCUCCCUGAAGAACGUGCUGAACAUCCUCAUCGUGUACCAGCUCUUCAUGUUCAUCUUCGCUGUCAUCGCUGUGCAGCUCUUCAAGGGCAAGUUUUUCUACUGCAACGACGGCUCCAUGAACACCGAGAAGGAGUGCCAAGGAUACUACAUUGACUACAGCCGAGACAAGAAGGAGGUGAAGAGGAGGGAGUGGAAGAGGCACGAGUUCCACUAUGACAGUGUGUGCUGGGCCCUGCUCACUCUCUUCACCGUGUCCACUGGAGAAGGCUGGCCUCAGGUCCUGCAGCACUCGGUAGACGUGACGGAGGAGGAUCGGGGUCCGAGCCGGGGGAACAGGAUGGAGAUGUCCGUCUUCUACGUGGUGUACUUUGUGGUGUUCCCCUUCUUCUUCGUCAACAUCUUCGUGGCCCUCAUCAUCAUCACCUUCCAGGAGCAGGGGGACAAGAUGAUCCAGGAGUGCAGCCUGGAGAAGAACGAGAGGGCAUGCAUUGACUUUGCCAUCAGCGCCAAGCCCCUGACCCGCUACAUGCCGCAGAACCGGCAGACCUUCCAGUACCGGCUCUGGCACUUUGUGGUGUCGCCAUCCUUCGAGUACACCGUACUGGUCAUGAUCGCCCUCAACACUGUGGUCCUCAUGAUGAAGUAUCACUCUGCCCCGGCGGCCUACGAUGCCGUCCUGAAACAUCUCAACACAGCCUUCACUGUGCUCUUCUCCCUGGAGUGCAUCCUGAAGAUCAUGGCUUUUGGAUUCGUUAACUACUUUCGAGACACCUGGAAUAUAUUUGACUUCAUCACGGUGCUGGGCAGCAUUACGGAGAUAGUUGUGGAUUUGCAGUCUGUCAACACGUUCAACAUGAGUUUCCUGAAGUUGUUCCGAGCAGCCAGGCUGAUCAAGCUGCUGAGGCAAGGGUACACCAUUCGCAUCCUUCUGUGGACCUUCGUGCAAUCCUUCAAGGCUCUCCCUUAUGUCUGCCUGCUCAUAGCCAUGCUCUUCUUCAUAUACGCCAUCAUUGGAAUGCAGGUGUUUGGAAACAUCAAGCUCAAUGACGAGAGCCACAUCAACCAACACAACAACUUCAAGACCUUCUCCGGUGCUCUGAUGCUGCUGUUCAGGAGUGCGACGGGGGAGUCUUGGCAGGAGAUCAUGUUGUCGUGUCUGGGGGGGCAGGAGUGCGAGCCAGACCCCUCCCUGGCCCCCCUCACCAUGUCUCCAGACCACGAGGGGGGCUGUGGCACCGAGUUUGCCUACUGUUACUUUGUGUCCUUCAUCUUCUUCAGCUCCUUCCUGAUGCUGAAUCUGUUUGUGGCUGUCAUCAUGGAUAACUUUGAGUACCUGACCAGGGACUCCUCCAUCCUGGGUCCUCAUCACCUGGAUGAGUUUGUCCGCAUCUGGGGAGAGUUUGACCGAGCUGCCUGUGGCCGUAUCCACUACACAGCCAUGUAUGAGAUGCUAACACACAUGUCCCCCCCACUGGGCCUGGGGAAGAAGUGUCCUGCCAAGGUGGCCUACAAGAGGCUGGUGUUGAUGAACAUGCCAGUGGAUGAGGACAUGUCCGUCCACUUCACCUCCACGCUCAUGUCUCUCAUCCGCACUGCCCUGGAGGUCAAGAUCGCAAGAGGAGGGGAGGACCGCAUAGCCCUGGACACUGAGCUGCAGAAGGAGAUCAGUGUCAUCUGGCCAUAUCUGUCUCAGAAGACCCUGGACCUACUGGUGCCCAUCAAUAAAGAUACUGACAUGACCGUUGGGAAGAUAUAUGCCUCCAUGAUGAUAAUGGACUACUUCAAGCAAAACAAAGCCAAGAAGCUGAGACAGCAAGUGGAAGCGCAGAAAAGCAGUCUGAUGUUCAAAAGUCUGGAUGCCUCCACCCUCCCCGAGGACAUCCUGUCCAACACCCAGCCCCUCUCGCUCAUGCCCCACAGCGCUGGGUCGGCACUGACCAGGGGAGGCUUUGUGGCCUUGAGUCCAAUCUCUCCCCAGGAGCUACUCUGCAUGAAGCCUCGGACUCCAGACCUGGACACCAAGCAGGAGCUCUCUGGGGUGGGGGGGUGCAGUGGGUUGACUUGGGGCCCACUGGAGCUCCCAUUGGGUAGGGGCCUGUGUGUGCGAGCCUCCUCCAUGCCCCGCCUGGCUGUAGAUCCACAGAAGGAUAUGUCUGGGGGCUCUUUGAAGCGCUCCUUAUCUACCAUUGCUGACCAGCGGGUGAACGGGCUGUGGCAGGACGAGGAGAAGAGCAGCCCUGAGAGGCUGUACCGACCGCGCCACAAGAGCUACAAGGCUGCAGUCUCGCGCUCGGACCACUGGCAGCAGGGGGGCAGGGACAAGGAGCGCGGGCGCUCCAAGGAGCGUCGUCACCUCCUUUCCCCGGACACGUCCCGCUGCAACUCGGAGGAAAGAAAUCAGCAGCCGUCCCUCUCUUCCAGCGCGGGCCGGACACACCCUCUGGACAAAGAGGGCAACAGUUCAGACAGCCCGGUACCCUCCACGUCUGAGUCUAGCACCCCUAGUGGCCGGCGGCCUCUGUCCCAGACACCCACACGCUCCCACCCGCACAUCUCCUACUCCCCUCUGGUGUGUCGCACACACCCCUCCGUGGGCCAAGACGAGCGCGGCAGCCCAGAGACCCAGAGGCGCGGGGAGCCAUCCUGGGGGCACGGAGACGGGGCCUUAGGGAAGGGACAGAGUGGGGCAGGUUUCCGGCGCUCUCCCCCUCGUCGCUAUCCAUCGGAGCCCUACCUGGCCAUGCAGGAGGAUGACCACAGCCCCGACCCCUCCGGCCACAUGGAGACCCUCACCUUCGAGGCGGCCGUGGCCCACAGUUUGGGACGCUCCAACACUGUCAGCUCGGCCCACCCGCGUUCGCGGACCGGCUGGCAGGUCCCCAACGGACACUUCCGGAAACGCCUGGCCCAAACGGUCUCUGUCACAGGCCCCCUCAGCGACACGGAGGAGGAUGACAGGUGCUAGGAAGAGGAGGGUACAUGAAGAAGCUGCUAGGGACAAGCCUUCUACUGGGAUGCUGAGGAGGGACACUGUCAUUAUUAUUGCAAACAAAACUAUGGUUUUCACCUCUUGAAAGUGGAAUCAUAUUGAAAUUCACACAGUGAAGGACUAUUUAUUUGAUAACUACUCUGUAUAAAUAGAGAGUAAUAAUUAAAACCUUGAAUAGCCUUUGAUAUACAGUUAAAAAAAAAUGAAGGAUAGAAAUGUGGUUCAUGUCAAUAGGUAUUGCCAUUUCUGAAGGUGUUUCUCUAACAUUGAUUCAGUGUUGCUCUUAACAGUGUGUCUGUGGAGUGUGUGAAUUUGUUACUAUGUGCAAAAUAAUGAGAAACAAUAACUUUUAAAGCCAUGGUUUUGUAAAUACAUGUGAUUUGUCAUACAAUUACCUGAAAGAUAUAUGUGGCCAUAUAGAAGGAGUUUCAUACCAGUUUAACUGGCAACAUAUAAAGGAUCUAUUAUGUUGGUUAACUGUUUAAUACUAUUUGUAAAGCUUGUUUGGAGCUGAAACCUGUUGGAAGAACAGUUAUGUGGGUUUCUGCUUCGGCCUGCCCCUUGGUUUUUGUCAUUUGUUGACAUUUAAUCACAAAGGGAAUUGGCCAAAGCAGGAACAGAUUUGCAAAAAUGCUGUGAAUACCGAAAUGUUUCAAAAACUGUCAGUUACUGACAUUUUUGUAAUCAGUUUUACAUAUUUAUUGUCCCUUUAGACUCUAUUGUCAGCAAUAAAUGGUUUAUAUGCUUGUUUUUCACCAAGCAGUCAAUCAAUCACCCCCGACACUUUCACAAAAUUACGUAAUUGGCUUCUAUAGCAGUAUGCAUCCUUCACAAAGAACCAAACUGUGAUUUAUUAGCUGGGCUACACAGGACCAAAUAACAGAAACUGGCUUAGGAGCAUUGUUGAUCAAGUGACAUGAGCAAGCACAUUUCUUUUUGUUCCUUGGACUUUUCUUGUUUCUGGUUUUAUUUUUGGCUAUUUCAUAAUGCCCAUUAGUUAUUAUCUUUAGAUAAUAUGUUACUGCUUAAUUACCAUUUUAUAUUCCGCAUCAUUGUGGAAUAAUUUCAUAAAGCAUAUUGUGCAAUGUAGCUGUCUGUUUUUUCUCUACUUUUGAUUUAGCCUGCUUCAUUCUGGACAAUUCCAUCUGCAAAUGUUUACCGUGCAUUUUUAUUCCACAAUGUGAAUAUACGGUAUGAAUUAAAAUACACAGAGACUGUAGAAAGAUGUUUUAACACAACAUACUAAUUUACCUGUUGAGAUGGUUUACUAAUAAUGUACAGUACAAAUAUCAUGCUAUAAGAUGUAGAGAAAACACACUGAAACUCACCUGCUUUAAAAGGAAUAGAGGGGUGUAUGGAAUGUUAUUUAAAGGUUGUAAAUGUUUUAUUUGCCUGAAAAGGGUAAUUGUGAAACUCACUUAACCAAAAACACUAAUUGAAUCAAAUGUUCAUGGAAUGCAAACAGUUGUUUGGUUUAUAUGUGUAUAAUAGUUGUAUAUAUGAAUUAAAAAAAUCUCAUGCAACAUU